UCGACUCACGUCGUCGGCAGACGGUGCAGCACUUCGCGUCACAUGAACGUGCAUGAACGACACGAUUGACAAGUAUGUCACGAUUUGUUGUCAGAAAUAAAUCCAUCGAUAAUUGCCACGAAAGAGGAUGUUAUCGGCGUGCCUCUAUGAGUAUUGUGCAAAAACCACUCACGUGAAUACCAAGCGCAAAGAUGCCGUGAACGGUAUGAUACCGAACCAUCUUGUCGUCUUCCUUGUCUUCGUUUCCGGAAUUGCAGUUGCUGUCAUUGGCACAUUAUUGUCACAAUACGUACACGGAUUAUUCACAGCUUUCACAGGACAAACAUUUAGUCAUGUGUUUGUACCUCUUCCUCCUGAAGGUAUUUUAAAUAUCUAUGAUGACAACAUGCUCUACGAUGUAUUGGACACCACUGAACUCGAUAAAGUACAAGUCCAUAAUACUGCAGCUUCGACAGCAGAGGCCCUGACAUCCUUGCAUUUAGCAUUGGAGAUGAAAUUAUCUGGAAAACAAAAAAAAGCUAUAAAAUUGUUCCAACAUGCAGUGGCGUUAGCACCAUGUCAUCCAGAUGUUUUGAAUCAUUAUGGAGAGUUUUUAGAGUACACUCAAAAUAAUAUCAUCAAAGCCAAUGAGUUUUAUGUACGUGCAUUAACUUAUGAACCAAAUCAUGAAGGUGCUUUAAUAAACAGUCAAAGAACAGCUCGGGUAGUUGAAGAACUUGACAGAAGUGUGCUUAGAGGCAUUGACAAGAAAAGAAAUAUUCUGUCUGCAAUACCCGAUAACAAUGCUGCAUUAAUACGCGCUAAGAAAGAGGCUUACUUUCAACAUAUUUAUCACACAGUUGGGAUUGAAGGGAAUACUAUGAAUCUGGCACAGACCAGAGCUAUAGUAGAAACACGUACUGCAGUUGCAGGAAAAAGUAUUGACGAGCACAAUGAAAUCCUCGGAUUAGAUGCUGCCAUGAAAUAUAUCAAUGCGACCUUGGUCAAUAGAGUAGGUUCCAUUUCUAUAAAAGAUAUACUGGAGAUACAUAGACGUGUACUAGGACAUGUUGAUCCUGUUGAAGGUGGUCAAUUUCGAAGGACUCAAGUAUAUGUCGGUGGCCAUAUACCUCCAGGACCAGAUGAUAUACAUUAUUUGAUAGAGGAGUUUGUAUUAUGGUUAAAUAGUGAACGAGCUAUCAGGAUGCAUCCAGUGAGAUAUGCAGCUCUAGCACAUUAUAAAUUAGUACAUAUACAUCCAUUUGCCGAUGGAAAUGGCAGAACAUCUCGUUUGCUUAUGAACAUGAUUCUUAUGCAAGCUGGAUACCCACCUGUUAUUAUUCACAAACGACUUCGGCAUGAAUAUUAUGAGAACUUGCAAAUGGCGAACGCCGGAGAUGUGAGACCAUUUGUUAGGUUUAUAGCAAAUUGCACGGAGAAAACGUUGGAUUUGUUCUUGUGGGCGACUAAUGAGUAUUCUCGACAAGUCCCAGCUCUGAGUCAAGAAUCUCUGUUUACAGAAAAGCACAAUACUAUUAUCUUAGAGGAAGACGACAGCAGCAAAGUAUUGGAAGAUGAUUAAAAAGUAAUAUUAGUUAAGAUUUGAAGUAUUUUUGAGACCAAAGAACAUUAAUGUUAUAUUCAAUAUUACUAUUUAUUGUUAAUCAUAAUUUUUAAGUGAAAGUAAGCUUAAAAACGUACAUGACUCAAAACUGGAGAUGCAAAACAAUCAGAAUAACAGAAACAAAAGCUUUCCACAACAUUAUUACAGAGUCCAAGCAUAUCUACUUCAUGUACUUACAUUGAUGUGAUUUAUGUAAAUGUAUUGUUACUAUUUAAAUGCUGCCAAUUAAUUUUA